AUGGGACGGGAUGUGUUUUCUGACGGUCAAAGGUUCCUCUACACGCUNGUCGGAACCAUAUCGGCUCAGUCUAUAUUAGAUUACCUGGCAAAGGGCCCAGCAAGAACAAAUCAACUUCCCCAAGAUGCCAUCAAUAUGCUCGACAAUUUAUUGAGGUGGAUAAAUAAAGAACACUAUACUCUGAUCAAAACUGGGUUGUUUAAAGAGAGUGAGCAGAAAAGCGAUAUGGUUAUUUUCAAGGGUUUCUCAGCAAGUGUUCGUCCACAAUGGAAACUUAGGAUCAACGUGGAUCUGAACUUCAAGGCCUUUUUCCCCUCUGGUAAUCUCGCCGAUGUAAUAUAUAAUAUGAAAGGGAAUGAUAUGUACGAUAAUAAGUAUUGGAAUGAAAUUAGCGAACGAAUAAAACACCUCGUUGUAAGAGCAGACCAUUACGUGAAUUCCGAUACGAAAAAGAAAUAUUCAAGGCGUCUCAAAGUGUAUGGCUUAUCGCCUAGAAGUGCUCAAAAACAGAUAAUUGAGGAUAUGAACAUCUCAAUCGCAACGUACUUCCAAAACAAAUACAACAUUAAAUUAAAAUAUCCCGAACUUCCUUGCGUGAAGACCAAAAAGAACAAGGACGAGUUUAUACCGAUGGAACUCUUAGAAAUUAUGCCUUUCCAAGCACCAAACCUAGAACCUAGUGUAUUGGCUUCCGAAAUAGUACGUAUCGCGGCAGUGAGACCCGAGCAACGUUUCCGAAAAAUUAGCGAUUUCAUCAGGACCGCUAUUAGGCAAUCGCCCUUAGUUGACGCGUUGAGAUUGAGACUCCCAUCCCCAAAUCCCGUUACUGCUGAGGCAAGAGUUCUUCCCACUCCACGUUUUGCGGCUUCGAACGCGUUUGUAUCGAAAGGCGCAUGGAGAACCACUUCUUUUAAAGUGCCAGCUUCUAGGGAGGUGAAUUAUGCCAUCGUCAACUUUUCCAGAUAUUUCAAUGCUUUGGAAAGGACUAAAAGAGAUAUUGAUUCGGCUGGAACACAACUUGGCCUUCAUCUUCGAUUUACGAAGUGUUUGUCGAAUAUUCAGGUCGCUGAACUUCCAAAUUGUUUCAGAAGACUUCGCAAAGAGGGUGUGAAACUGGCUAUUUGCGUUCUGCCCAAAGUUGGACCCUACAGCGAUAUCAAGCGCGCUUCUGAGUUUCAGGAGUUUUUGGUGACGCAGUGCGUCAAGGACGGCACAUUAAUUAGACCGAACGCGUGGUCUAAUAUUUUGCUGAAAAUCAACGGCAAGUUAGGGGGUGAAAAUUGGGAACUCGAUGGAAUGGAAGGAUAUUGGCGCAAUGACAUUGUCAUGGUUGUCGGCGCCGAUGUUACACAUCCUGGACCAACUAAAAUAAAUGCCUUGAGGAAAUCGAUCGCGGCUGUUGUUGGUUCGAUUUCCCCCAACUACAUGAAGUAUGUGGCUGUCGUGAAGCAGCAGGAUUACCAGAUCAACGAUGAGACACCUACCGCUCGUGAGUACAUAGACGAUAUGGAGGGAAUGUUCGAGCAGCUUUUGCAGGCAUUCUACAGAAAAAAUAAUACACUGCCCACCAAGGUAAUCUUCUACCGUGAUGGUGUUUCGGAGGGUCAGUUCGACUCAGUUGUGGUUCGAGAACUCGGUGCAAUGCAACGCGCCUGCACGAAUUUGAGAGUGGGUUACCAGCCAGGUUUCACCAUCAUAGUAGUUCAGAAACGUCAUCACAUUCGGUUCCUUCCUACUGAAAAGAACUUAGUUAACGUCAACCCCGGCACAGUAGUGGAUACAAAUAUAACGCAUCGUCGUGAAUUCGAUUUCUACCUGUGCUCACAGCAGGGAAUUCAAGGAACUUCGAAGCCAGCCCAUUACCAUGUCAUCUAUGAUGAUAAUGAUUUGGGCGCGGACGAAUUGCAGUUGUUUACCUUCUAUUUGUGCCAUGUCUAUAUGAGGUGCACACGAAGUGUCUCCUACCCUGCACCCACCUACUAUGCGCACUUGGCUGCGUUUAGAGGAAGAGACUGGAUGAAAGGCAUCAACAACCCUGAAACAUUGCUUGAGAAUAACCAAUUCAAACUUUUGCCUGAACAGAGAGAUUUGAUGUUCUUUUUGUAG